AAUCAAACAGUGUAAAGACUUCUAUGAGAUUCUCGGAGUGAAGAAAGAUGCGUCUGAAGAUGAUCUCAAAAAGUCAUAUAGAAAAUUAGCGCUGAAAUUCCAUCCCGACAAAAACCACGCACCGGGUGCCACUGAGGCAUUUAAAGCUAUUGGAAAUGCCUAUUCCUGCUUGAGUAAUGCUGACAAGAGGAAACAGUAUGACCAGUGUGGUGAGGAGAAGAGACAUCCGUCAAGACAGGGCCAGACCAACGGAGACUUCCAGGCUGAUAUUUCACCUGAGGACCUCUUCAAUAUGUUCUUCGGAGGGGGUUUUCCAGCAAGCAAUGUUCAUGUAUACAGAAAUGGGCGUUAUCAGAGGCCAGCGGGACAACAGGGACAACAGAGAGAGGGAGGCUUUGCGCUCUUUGUCCAGCUGCUGCCCAUCGUCAUCCUGGUGGUUGUGUCAGCUCUCAGUCAGAUGAUGGUCUCCACCGCCCCCUACAGCCUCAGCUUCAGGCCGUGAGUCUAACCCCUGACC